AUGGAUUACUGUGAUCUGGAUGUAUACGAUAUGGAUUACCGUGAUCUGGAUGUAUACGCUAUGGAUUACCGUGAUCUGGAUGUAUACGCUAUGGAUUACCGUGAUCUGGAUAUGGUGUUCCUGAUGUGGAUACUUAUUAGUUUUCUGCUGUGUUUCUUGGAUUACGUGUCUACUUCAGCCCUGCCUUGCACUUUCAAUCCACUCUGCACAUGUGUCGCUAGGCAACAAGAAAUCAGCUGUGUGAGUGUGCCAUUCCUAACGCUUCCAAAGCUUCCAUUUAAAGAAGUCUAUCAGUUCACAUUUGCACGAACUGGACUUCAGGUGCUAAACAAUAACUCACUAGAUAGCACUGCUGUGUCUUCUCUUAGAUUAAUGUACAAUGAUUUAGUAACUCUACCAAUUCACGCAUUCCACACAUCAGAGCAUCUUCUGACCUCGUUAGAUGUGAGUUAUAAUCAACUUGAUGAGUUUCCAUCUAAAGCAAUUAGAAAACUCUCUUACCUUCAAUGGUUAAAUUUACACUUUAAUAAAGUGGAGGAACUCAGGCGAGAAGCUUUCGAAAAACUUUGGUCACGUUCUUCUCUGCGUAGCAUAUUUUUAAGCAACAACCAUAUUUCAUUUAUUGAAGAUGGUGUUUUUAGAAGUCUUUGGAACCUCUCGUCACUGGAUCUUUCCAACAAUCAUAUUAGCAAGCUAGAAGGUCAUCCUUUUCCAAGUUCUUUGGCAACGUUAUCUUUAUCUGGAAAUCUUCUGGACUGGAUUCCUCCAGAUGCUCUUUCUAAUCUCGGAAAUCUGAGAAGACUUCACCUGGGUAGUAAUCUCUUUUCGUCUCUUCCCUGGAACUGGAAGUUAUCCAUAAGCCAUCUGGAAAAAUUAGAUUUCAGUCACAAUCUUCUGACAAAAAUAAAUAGCAAGGUUUUUAAUGGAACCUUUUCUGUACACGAACUUAGCCUAAGUUAUAACUAUCUUAGAGUUAUACCGAUGAGAGUUUUUCGAGAAAUUACUAUACGCCGGUUAUCUCUAGCAAACAACCGACUGUCUUCCAUAUCCGUUGGAGCUUUUGAAGGUUUAGAAUCCAUUCUGGUUGCAUUAGACUUGAGCUUCAACAUGUUGAAAACAUUUCCCAAAGCAUUAAAAGAACUGAACCAACUUCAGCAACUGUACUUGCGCGGGAACCAGAUUCAAGAACUGGAGAAGUACGACUUAUAUGCGUGUCGUGAACACUUGGAAACCUUAGAUCUCUCAAGAAACUUUCUCAUGAAUGUUCCGAGAGCAACUUUGUUAACUUCCAAAACAGUGCUGCAUUUAAGUCUGCAAGAUAAUCAGAUUAAAAAAAUCUAUGCAAAUGAUUUUUAUGGUUGGGGAGGUACUCUGCUAUUUUUGAGCUUAGCUAACAACGGUAUUAAUUUCAUCUCAGAAGACGCUUUUCUUCACACGCCGGCACUAAAAGAAUUGAAACUUUCUUAUAAUAAUCUCGUUAACGUUGAUUCCAGACUUCUACUUCCCCUUAGACACUCAUUGAAAGGCGUAGAACUAGGAUCACUUUUUGAAACUAACCUCGAUCCUCCCGAAUUGAUGGUGAAGUUCUUAAAUAGAAUGGAAUGGCUUCAAAUGGAUCACAACAAGAUUUCGGUGUUGUCUUCAACGUUCCUCUUAGGCUUAACGAACCUAGUUCACUGUGACUUAGAAGGCAACGGCGUAAAGUUAAUUCCACAAAACUUAUUCAGAAAGGAGGUUCAUAUUAAUUUAACUAACAUAAUCGUGUCUCAUAACGAACUGAUUGUAACAAAUCCGCAAACCUUCGAGAAACUUCCACGGCUCCGAAACGUUGUCUUACUAGGCAACCGGCUGCAGAUUGUUCGAUACAAAUCGUUCACAAGCUGCCCUAUAUUAAAUUCCAUUGUCUUAUCCCAUAACCAGAUACGUACAAUUGAGCCUGCUGCUUUUCACAAUCUGACGCUUCUAUCCAGUGUAUUUUUACAAUUCAAUAAAUUAUCGAGAUUUUCUUUCAAUAUUUUCAGCCACGUAAGCAACUCAAACUUUCCGAUGCACGUGAAUGUUUCCAAUAACCUAAUCAAUUCGUUAGUAAUAUCUCAGAGGAACGAAAGUAAUCUUGGUGCUAUUCACGUUCGAACUUUGGAUCUUAGCCAUAACAACAUAUCACAAAUUCCUGAUGGCUUUUUCCAACGCGUAGGGAGGUCUCUUCAUUGCUUAUUUAUGUCGUUCAAUAAUCUGACUGUAGUUCCUUCAAACGUGUUCUCAGAGGCCAUCAAUCUUCAGAUGAUUCACUUGGAUCACAAUAACAUCACAGUUGUUAAAUCCACGGACUUUCAAGGCACACCACCUCUUCAGAUUCUAACCUUAAGCUACAAUAAUAUUUCCAUAAUUUCACCAGAGGCUUUUACGGCCCUACGAGAAAUUAGGAUUGUAGACUUGAGUUACAAUAGAAUUCAGACACUCCCGGAAAGUGCCUUUGUGGGUACAAAAUUGGAAAGGAUUAAUCUGUCCCAUAACGUAAUUGUCCGUCCGCCUUUAAGGGGCUUCUUUCCUGUCAGGUAUUCCUUGAGAUUUAUUGACGUUUCAGCAAAUUAUAUUUCUGUGAUUCAAACUGAUGAGAUCAAUCCUUUGUAUAUGUUAUAUUCCUUAAACUUGUCCUGCAAUAGGUUAACAGACCUAGCGGUAGGAUCUCUUAUGAACUUAACGCAACUCAUUAACCUUGAUUUUUCGCAUAACCCUUUGCUGAGGCUUGAUGGAGGACCAUUAUACCCACUUAGAUCAUUACGUUCGUUUAAUUUAAAAAACACAUCUUUAUCUGACCUGUCGUUUUUUCCAUUGUCGCGGUUGAAAACACUGACACUUGCACACAACCUGUUGAGAAAUAUCUCAAAUUUCGCAUUCCGCAAUCUGCGACAGCUGCGACAUCUAGACCUGUCUCGAAAUCAAAUACAGGAAGUUCCUCGCCAUCUAUGGAUUUACGUGCCGGACCUUCACACCCUGGAUAUCUCCCAUAAUCCAAUCGAAGUAUUGGGAACAGUAAGUUUCAGUGGUUUAAAACGAUUGGUACAGCUGGACAUGCGCGGCUUAGCUCUGAAAUAUGUGGACUCUCGGACGUUAUAUGAACUCAGGUUUUUGGAGACGUUCAAAACCAGUACCUUCGCUAACGUUCGAUCAUUUCGACUUCACGAUUUACUUCACAAGUCAGUUUCACUCCAACGCGUGGUCGUGGAAGUUGAAGAAUCAACUUUGUCGCAUCAGAUCCAGUGGACCUUUGGCGCCAAGCUGCGUGAUCUUACUAUUACUGGGCACAACUUACAGCAUGUGCUACCCGAUGCAUUUUUAGGCCUACAUCACACACAUGAGCUUAUAUUACGAAUCACCGGAACAAGUGUUGCUCGACUACCAGCUCAAUUACUUCGCUACCUAGCAGAUAUCAGAUACUUGACUUUAGAUUUAAGAGAAAAUCACCUGCAGAAAAUGGAGCCUGGAGUUCUUCGACCAGCAGAAGGAGAAACAGGAGGAGCUGAUGGAACAAAACACAUAACAGGGGGCGUCUUAUUGGAAAACAACCCAUGGAAGUGUGAUUGUGAUUUAAUCUGGCUCUCUCAUUGGCUGCGACGAUGGAUGCGAGAAACACUGCGAGUUCAAGUAUUACAUUUUGAUGCAGUUUUAUACGUGUACAAUCUAGCAAGACAAGGCACUUGCACAAUCCCUGGAACAAAUACUGAAAUACCAAUUAUUGAUUUAAGACUUAAAGAUAUCAACUGCUUAGAAAAUCAACAUAAUACAGCCGCAACAAGGAAUAUCCAUUUUAUGGGGCCUUUUGUAAUAUGUGGAGUAGCUGUCAUGCAUUGGUGUUCUCAAUAUAUGUCGUGA